AUGGCUGAGUCUGAGGUUUCGGGAAAGGUGUUUCAACUAAAAGAGCUUCUAAAUGAAACCACGGAGUCUAAGAAGAUAUCUGUUCACACAUUUUAUGUUUUAAAAACACUGAUGCGACUGCAGGACUUGAAGAUAACACUGGACAUCCUAGCGGAAACUGGGAUUGGAAAAACUGUUAAUGGUUUUCGAAAGCAUGAAAUCGCAGGUGAUGUAGCCAAAGCAUUAGUUAACCAGUGGAAAAAGUUGGUUCCCAAGGAAACUAGCAGUUCUAGCCUUGUACAGGAUGACCACACUCCAGAAAAACAAGAAAGUGCCAAGAAAAAAAAAAGAUUUUCAAAAAGAUUCCCCACUGGAAAAAAGGCGCCCAAUCAUGUAGACAAAGAGAAGUAUGAUCACAAGCGGAACAAGGAGUCUCCCUCGUUCAACUCGAUAACAGAGAAAACUUAUAGUAGUGCUAAAAGCUUAAUUAAAAAGUCAACAAAAGUUACAAAUGGUGAUCAUGUAAAAUGUGAUGGGAAAAGUACUCGGUCGACAGAGAAACGAUCAUCUACUUCAGUUAAACUGGAAAUGGACAACAAGAAAGCAAAACUGACAAAGAGCAUAAAGUCUGUGGAGUUCAUGGAUGUGAAAGAUAAGAGUGGUGAUAGUGACUUUGGGGAGCCAACCAUGUCCUUUGAAACCUACCUGAACUAUGACCUGGCACCCGCCUCCAAAAAAAGAAAAAAGCCUUCCGAAAUUCAAAAGCUGACCAAGAAACAUAAAAAGCAUGACAGUAAAGCUGAAUCCUUAGGAAAAAAGGUUUCCGAGAAAGAACAGAUCACCACAGAGAAAAAGGAAUUAAAAUCUGAGGAUUCUCCUAAAAAGAUGAAAUCUGGUUCAAUAAUGGAUCUAUUAAAUGUUCCAUUGCCAUCGUUUCUGCCAGAUUGUUUCUUAUUCCCUUCUCCUUGCAUAGAGAAGAAAAAACAAGCAGAGGUCCCCAAUACUUCCUUUGAAGACGCCACUGGGUUUACAGGGCAGAGACUGAACUCCAAGAUGCAGGUUUAUUCUGGUGCCAAGACUGUGGUCCUUCCGGUUAUGAUGACACUUUAUCAACAGUGCAUACGUGCGCUUCAGAACAAUAUUGACUCUCUCUACGAGAUUGGAGGAGUUCCAUUUGAAAUUCUAGAGCCUGUGCUUGAACACUGUACACCAGAACAGCUGUACAGAAUUGAAGAAUACAACCCGGCUUAUAUUGGGGAUACCGAUCAUUUGUGGAUUAAACACUGUCAGAAGGAGUUCAAACAUGAGAGGCCUCAAGAAUACGAAGCAUGGAGAGAAAUGUAUUUGAGGCUUUUUGAAGAAAGAGAAAACAAGUUUAAACUACUGUCAAAAAGCAUAGCCUCUGCACACUCUGGAAAACCUAAAGGUCGACAGGUGAAGCGAGCAUUUAUUCACACUGUAGUCAAACCUCCCAGAGAUGUGCGUCGGAAACAGGAGAUCUAUAGGACUGCAGGCCCCACUGCCCAGCCUCAUUCUGUUGAUAAAAUGAAUGUAAAGGCCCCAGAAAGCAAAGCAAGACUCUGCUCUUCUGAUGUCCGGAUGUGCACGUCCAGUGCUGGUCCUAGUCAAGAUCCAAAGAAAAUGGCUAAAAAAAUUGCACCAAUGAUGGCAAAGUCAUUAAAGAUCUUCAAGAGCCGACUGGUACGAAGAUAGAUGCACUUUUGAAUCGCUUUGUUUUGCUUAAGAAGGAACCAUUAUGAUCUGAAAGUUUUAUUUUUUUCCUAAAAUGAGUAAUACGUUAAAGGUAUAAUUAUCAAGUUUAAACAAUGGAAUAUAAAAGCACUUUAUAUGUGUGUGUAUAUACAGUAACUACUGUAAAUGUAAAAUAACACAGGCAAAAAGGGAUUAAAAUGUCUGAAUGUG